AUGUCUCUGCCGCUGCUGCUGGCGCUCGCGCUCGCGCUAUGGACGACUGGCGUCGCCUCCCAGCCGCCUCGACGAGGCUGCCUGGUGGACGUGAAUAACAGAUCCGUGAUGCCCAACCCACAGCCACUACUGCUGGUGCCCGGUGUCAGAAAAGACGUGCACGGCUUCGUGAAGCCAAACUCUUCGGGAAUAAUCUCGCUCAGUUAUAAGCAGAAAAUAACCCUGGCGUGUCCUGGCAGCAGGCUCCGGCUCUUCAGUGGACAGCAAGAGACAGCCUCCUGCGUUUCGGCCUCCACCUUCGUCGUCAAACGACGGUCAUACGCCUUCGCUGACCUCGACUGCCUGUCCCCGCCAGAGCAAUCGGCCCAGGUGACGGGCAGAAAGUGUGGCAGCAAACGUCAGUACCAGAUGAUCCGACUUGGCUACCGGGUCGGCUCAGACUUCUACACACUCAUUGAUGUCUGCUUCGAUGAUCGCUCCUACAAUACAGUCUACGACAAUUUCACAAUGGUCGCCAACAUAGGGGGCAAGCAAAGCGGUUCGUUCCAGUCCACGUGGUUGGGCGGCGGAUUCUUCGGGAAAAUCAACAUGGAUAUGCAGUACAGUUUCAAUACGCAGGUCAAUACGUUCACCACACUACUGGGUCCCGGGGCGAGCGGGUACAUUACUAAAUCUAACUUCCUUACCAGGGGACACCUCGCCGCUAGGUCCGAUUUCAUGCUCCGCACACAGCAAAACGCCACGUACUUCUACGUGAACGCCGCGCCGCAGUGGAAAUCGUUCAACAGUGCCAACUGGAACACCAUGGAGAACAAUGUACGUUCCUACGCUGAGAACAGGUUGGUCGACCUGGAAAUCUACACGGGCACUCACGGCAUCGCGACGCUGCCCAACGCGAAUAAUGUCACGACGAAGUUGUACCUUUAUGCUCAUCACAGAAGGUACAUUCCAGUGCCGAAAAUCUUCUGGAAGAUCGUGUUCAAUGCGAUCACUAACGCAGCUGUGGUGCUCCUAGGCGUAAAUAACCCACACGUUCACAACAUAACCCCUGACUACAUAGUCUGCCCAGACGUGUGCCGCAAUAUCAGCUGGUUGUCCUGGGACGCCCAUAACAAGAGCAAGGGAUACUCGUACUGCUGCCAGUACGCAGAUUUCAAGGCAAGCGUGCCCGAUGCGCCAGACAUCGUUGUGCACUCUCUGCUUACCUAACCCUUUCAGAUAGCAGCACUUCGUAUUGACUUUGGGAUAUCUGUAUUUCAGAUGGUCUACAGUCUUGUGGUUUCUUUAUAUGUAUAAUUCAAAUGAAUCUUCUUGGUGCCUUCUUU